UGCCUGGGAGUUGUAGUCCAGGCCGGCGCGCUGACGCACUUCGCCGCGGGCCGACGGGCGCCAUUGUGCGCUGCGCGCGGGGACUCUGCCCACUCCCACGAGACACGUUGAGGAAGAGGAAGGUAUGGCCACCGGGCUUCCGACGGCCUGGUUCCGAACCAGUGAUCUUUGAAGAUGUGACCCUGGGUUUUACCCCGGAUGAGUGGGGAAUGCUGGACCUCGAACAGAAGUCCCUGUACAGGGAGGUGUUGCUGGAGAACUACAGGAACCUUGUCUCAGUGGAACAUCAGCUUUCCAAGCCAGAUGUGGUAUCUCAGUUAGAGGAGGAGGAAGAGCUCUGGUCGGUGGAGAGAGGAAUUCCUCGAGACACCUUUUCAGAGUGUCCUGAGGCUCAGUUGGACCCUCAGUUCCAUCCUUUUCCUGCUGGGAAUCCCCUGAUGAAGAUCGAGGUUGUUGAAAUCCUCACACUGAACGAGGAGGUGGCUCUUCCCCGGAAUGCCCAGAUCCGCGCCCUCUAUGCUGAAGAUGAGGGCCUGAGCCCAGACAUCCUCAGGGAGCCCACUCAACAUCUGGAUAAGCAUCCAACUGACCCUGAGACCGCUCGCCAGAGGUUCCGGGGAUUCCGCUUUGAGGAGGUGGCAGGGCCCCGAGAAGCCCUGGCCCGGCUGCGUGAGCUGUGCCGCCAGUGGCUGCGGCCCGAGGUUCACUCCAGGGAGCAGAUGUUGGAGUUGCUGGUGCUGGAGCAGUUCCUGGGCGCGCUGCCCGGGAAGCUCCGGAUGUGGGUGGAGUCGCAGCACCCAGUGGACUGCCAGGAGGCAGUAGUCCUGGUGGAGGAUGUGACCUGGAUCUCUGAGGAGGAAGAACUGCCCACCCAGGGCCCCACCAGCUCUCUCCAGACCACAGCUCAGCAGGAGGAGGACAUGGCCACCAGGCUGGUGAAGGCACUGCCUGAGGAACCAGUGACCUUCCUGGACGUGGCUGUGGACUUCAGCAGGGAGGAGUGGGGGCUGCUGGACCUGACACAGAGGACCGAGUACCACGACGUGAUGCUGGAGACCUUUGGACACCUGGUCUCUGUGGGGUGGGAGACUACUCUGGAAAGCAAACAGUUAACUCCAAACCCCAACACACCCGAGGAAGAGCCAGCCUGCCACCUGAAAGUGGAGGAAUUCUCGAGGGAUGACACCCAGCCCUCUACCUCAGGAGACAUCUUGCAGGCUGGGGCCCCGGAGGUCUUGGACACAGCGUUGAAACCAGUAGUGCUCACUCAGGAAAAAACCCUCCCUCAGAAGCCACCCGGUGAAAGCCCCAAACCCCAGGCAAGCACAGGUCCCGACACAAGCCACAUCUCCCUUCAGAAGGCCAUUCCUAGAAAACGCUUGCGCAAGCGUGACCCCAGGGUCAAAAAGACGACACACAACCCCUGUGUAAAACUUCAUCAGAAGAGUUGCAGCAGGGGAAAGGACCAGGAGAGCGGGAGCUGUGGGAGAACCUUACCCCAGGGCACUCAGCAGAUCACGUUUACGCGAAUUCACAAAGGGAGCCAGGUGUGCCGAUGCAGCGAAUGCGGGAAAACCUUCCGGAACCCCAGGUACUUCUCCGUGCAUAAAAAGAUCCACACGGGAGAGAAGCCCUACGUGUGUCCGGACUGCGGGAAGGCGUUCGUGCAGAGCUCCUCCCUCACGCAGCAUCAGAGGGUUCACACUGGGGAGAGACCCUUUGAGUGUCACGAGUGUGGAAGGACUUUCAACGACCGCUCGGCCAUCUCCCAGCACCUGCGGACUCACACCGGGGCCAAGCCCUACCCAUGUCAGGACUGCGGCAAAGCCUUCCGCCAGAGCUCCCAUCUCAUCAGGCAUCAGAGGACUCACACCGGCGAGCGCCCCUACACCUGUAACAAGUGCGGAAAGGCCUUCACCCAGAGCUCGCAGCUUGUUGUACACAAGAGAACACACACGGGAGAAAAGCCAUAUGAAUGUACUCGGUGUGGGAAGUCUUUCAGCCAGAGCUAUGACCUGGUUGUACACCAGAGAACUCACACUGGAGAAAAGCCCUAUGAAUGCAACCAGUGUGGGAAAUCCUUCACCCAGAGUUCCAAACUUAUUAGGCAUCAACGAACUCACACUGGAGAAAAACCAUAUAAAUGUCAUGAAUGUGGAAAAUCUUUCAGGUGGAACUCUAACCUUACUGUUCAUCAAAGAAUUCAUACUGGAGAGAAACCUUAUGAGUGUGCUCAUUGUGGAAAGUCCUUCAGUCAAAGCUCUGACUUUGUUGCACAUAAAAGGACUCACACUGGAGAGAAACCCUAUGAAUGUAACCAGUGUGGAAAAUCUUUCAUUCGAAGCACUCAGCUUAUUAGGCAUCUGCGAAUUCACACUGGAGAGAAGCCAUAUAAAUGCAAUCAGUGUGACAAAGCCUUCACUGGGAGCUCUCACCUUAUUGAACAUCAGAGAACUCAUACUGGAGAGAAACCGUUUGAAUGUAAUCAGUGUGGGAAAGGCUUCACUGGGAGCUCUCACCUUCUUUCACAUCAGAGAAUUCAUUCUGGAGAGAAACCGUAUGAGUGUAAUGACUGUGGGAAAGCUUUUCGGCAGCGAUCUCAGCUUGUUGUGCAUCAGCGAACACAUACUGGAGAGAAACCUUAUGAAUGCAGUCAUUGUGGAAAAGCUUUCAGCCAGAGGUCUCCCCUCAUUGUGCAUCAGAGAAUACACAUUGGAGAGAAACCCUAUCAGUGUAACAUGUGUGCUAAAGCCUUCAGUCAGAGGUCCCGCCUUAUUGAACAUAAGAGAACACAUACUGGAGAAAAGCCCUAUGAAUGCAUUGACUGUGGGAAAGCCUUCAAUGAUCGAUCAACCCUUACAAAACACGAGAGAACACACACUGGGGAAAAACCCUAUGAAUGUAAUCAUUGUGAAAAGGCCUUUAGCCAGCGGUGUCAACUUACUAGGCAUCAGAGAAUCCAUACUGGAGAGAAACCCUAUGAAUGUAAUGAGUGUGGAAAAUCCUUCAACCACAACGCGCACCUCACGGUGCACCGGAGGAUCCAUACGGGUGAGCGGCCGUACGCGUGCAAGGAGUGCGGCAAGGCCUUCAGCCAGAACUCCUCGCUGGUGCAGCACGAGCGCAUCCACACGGGCCACAAGCCCUACAAGUGCGCGGACUGCGGCAAGUCGUUCUGCCACAGCACGCACCUAACGGUGCACCGGAGGAUCCACACCGGGGAGAAGCCCUAUGCGUGCCAGGACUGCGGGCGGGCCUUCAACCAGAACUCGUCCCUGGGCCGCCACCGGCGCACGCACACCGGGGAGAAGCCGUUCACCUGCAGCGUGUGCGGCAAGGCCUUCUCGCGCACCACGUGCCUGUUCCUGCAUCUGAGGACGCACACGGCCGAGAGACCCUACGAGUGCAGCCGCUGUGGCAAGGGCUUCCGGCACAGCUCGUCCCUGGCCCAGCACCAGCGCAAGCACGCCGGCGAGGGCCCCUACGACUGCCGCCAGAGGCUGGCCUUCGAGCCCACGCCGGCGUGGCCGGAGCCCCUGACCCCUGGGGAGGGGGCUACCCGCAGCGACAGGCCCUUCAGGUGCGGGCAGUGCGGCAAGUGUUUCACGCAGAGCUCGCACCUCAUCCGACACCAGAUAACGCACACCAGGGAGGAUCCCCGAGGCCGGGGCCGGCGGCGCCCGCAGCCCUGCAGCCGGAGCCCGCACCUCGGACGGCACCAGCUCGGGCCCACGGGUGAGAGCCCUGGGGCCGGGACAAAGGCAGGGCAGCCGGCAGGCAGGGCACUGGCCCUGUUUGACAUCCACGAAAUCAUGCAAGAGAAAAACCCAGUGCACGUUAUUGGGGUGGAAGAGCCUUCUGUGGGCACGUCCGUCUUGUUUGACAUCAGAGAAUCCACCUAGGGGAGAAACUCUGCGGAUGACUUUUGAACCACAGGUACAAAAAUGUGGUAAGUCCUACAAGGUGUAUUUAUGGAGGGGGGCUGGGGUAGAAAUGCCCUCUGAUUUCCUAAGGAAAUGACGCUUCCCAAACACCUGAGCUCAGUGGUUCUCCAAUCUAUCAAGCCCAGUACCCUGAAAUGAAUUGACAGGUAAUGUAACCCCCACACGUGUAAUGUUGAAAAAUCCAUACGUGCCCCCAUUUUGUAAAGGAUAAUUAAAGCAAAAGUAAUUUACAGUA